AUAAAAAAGAACGGAUAUAUGCAUGGUUUGUAUUAAUUAACUCAGUGGGGAAAGUGCUAAUAUCUGAAGUCUGGGGUUGAUCAAGAAGAGAAUAUAAAUAUUGCAAAAGAAGUCCGGUUAUUGGCUUGAUUUGAACAUUUUGAUCAUUAUUACACUAGUAUAUCAAACUCACAAGCUAUACUAUCACUUAUCAUGCCUUUAGAUCAAGAAUUUACCGAUUAUGUCAAGGAUUCUUUCGGUCCUAAAGCUACUCCAAAGACACAUCGUGUUCUUGGAUCUUUAAUCCAACAUAUUCAUGAUUUCACUAGAGAAAAUCAUAUCACCGUUGACGAAUGGAUGUGGGGUGUUAACUUCAUCAAUAGAAUUGGUCAAAUGUCAGAUGCUGCUAGAAAUGAAGGUAUUUUGGUUUGCGAUGUUAUUGGUGUAGAAGCUUUAGUUGAUGACAUUACCCACGCUUCUGAUUCUCAUGAUCACACUUCUUCUGCUAUUAUUGGUCCAUUCUACCGUGAAAACUCUCCUGUUUACCCAUAUGGAGGUUCUAUUAUUCAACAAGAUGUUGGUGGUGAAAAGACUUUGGUUAUAGGUAAAGUUACUGAUACUAAAGGUAAUCCAUUAAAAGGUGCUAAAAUUGAAGUAUGGCACUGUGCUCCUAACGGUUUAUAUGAACAACAAGAUCCAGAUCAAGUAGAAUAUAACUUAAGAGGUACUUUCUACAGUGAUGACGAAGGUAAAUACGCCUUUGUUGGAUUAAGACCAACCGCAUACCCAAUCCCUUAUGAUGGUCCAGCUGGUGACUUAUUAACUCUCAUGGACAGAUCUCCUAUGAGACCAGGUCAUAUUCACUGGAGAGUAACCCAUCCUACUUACCACUCUUUGAUUACCCAAAUUUACGAUCGUGAAUGUAAACACACCAAAGAUGAUACUGUUUUUGCUGUUAAGGAAGAUAUUAUUGUUGAUUUCAAGCCACUUGGUGAUGUUCCAGAAUACAAAGAGCAAGGUGUUGUAAAUAGAUUAGACUACGAUAUUAUAUUGAUCUUGGAAGAAGAAAUCCAAAAAACCCGUCAAAAAGUUCGUGACCAUCAAGCUGACGUUGAAAAGAAAUUAACUGAUAAGUUUGAAAAAAAUCAAAUUGCCUAAGCAUUUAUGAAAUUUCUUAUUGAGUAAGAAUGUUAUAUAGCGCAGUAUAUUUAUGAAUGAAAACCUUUGUUUUGAAAUAUUCUUAGAAGAUAAUGUAAUAACCAGUGUAAAGUCGUAUAAUUGUCAUCAUAAACUGAAGUGCCUAAAAUUUAUGGCUAGCGAGUAUCCAUUACUACCCAUAUUUCUUUCCCUAAGAGCUAGUGAGAACCUGGACCAAUUUUCCCGGUAU